AUGGGUGUUCCCAAGUUCUUCAGAUGGCUCUCGGAGCGGUACCCCUCCAUCUCCCAGCUCAUAGCUGAGAAUCGAAUCCCCGAGUUCGACUGCCUCUACCUCGACAUGAACGGAAUCAUCCACAACUGCACCCACAAGGACUCGGGCGACACCCAGUUCCGCCUGAGCGAAGAUGAGAUGUUCAUUCGCAUCUUCAACUACAUCGAACACUUGUUUGGUAAAAUCAAACCCAAGCAGCUGUUCUUCAUGGCCGUGGACGGCGUUGCACCACGAGCAAAGAUGAACCAGCAGCGCGCGAGACGUUUUAGGACUGCGCUGGACGCUGAGCAGGCAAGAGACAAGGCGAUUCGAGAAGGGAAAGAACUCCCCAAAGAGGAACCAUUCGACAGCAACUGCAUCACGCCAGGAACGGAGUUCAUGGCGAAGCUUUCGCAGCAGCUGAGGUAUUUCAUCAACAAGAAGGUUACCGAGGACAAGGAGUGGCAGGGCUGCGAAAUCGUGCUAUCCGGUCACGAGGUCCCUGGCGAGGGCGAGCAUAAGAUUAUGGAGUACAUUCGUAACGCAAGAGCACAGCCCAACUACCACCCCAACAUGCGGCACUGUCUAUAUGGUCUCGAUGCCGAUUUGAUAAUGCUGGGUCUGCUCAGCCACGACCCGCACUUCUGCCUCCUCCGUGAGGAGGUCACCUUCGGCCGCCAGUCCAAGGUGCAGUCGAAGGAACUGGAGCAUCAGAACUUUUAUCUCAUGCAUCUUUGCAUUGUAAGAGAAUAUCUAGAGCUGGAAUUCCAGGAUUUCAAACAGGAUGGCGCGAAUCAGUUGAAGUUCUCUUUCGACAUGGAGCGGGUUAUCGAUGAUUUCAUUCUCAUGGCGUUCUUCGUCGGCAACGAUUUCUUGCCCAACCUUCCCCGGAUACACAUUAACGAAGGUGCUUUGGCGAUGAUGUUUAGGGUAUACAAGUCCGUCUUGCCGAAAUGCGACGGCUACAUCAAUGAGGGCGGCGCAAUGAAUCUGAAGCGUUUGGGUAUUUUCCUCGAGGAGCUCAGCAAAGAGGAAUACCGCUUCUUCGAGCACGAGGUCGAGAGCGCUAAGUGGUUCCAGGCCAAGCGGAAAAUCGGUAAUGGAGACGCGGCGCCGAAGCCCAAGGGCAAGCUCGUCGUCACCUCGGAGCAGAAAAAGCUAUGGAAGGAGCAGAUCAAGCCCUUUCUUACAAAGCGGGCGUCUGAGACUCUGGAUCUCGGCAUCAGCCUGAAAGCUGCUGAUCGGAAGUUCGUGCAAGAAUUCGCCGACAGCGCUCGCAUCGGCUGGAAGACUAAGGAAGAUGACGACGGGCACCGGCAUCUCGUGCUUUCCUUCCCCCCAAAGCCAGAAAUGGACGAUGGUGAAGGCGCCGAAGACUUCGAAGAAGAAUCGCAACUUGCUAUCAAUCGGAUUGUUAAGAAGUACGAUAAUGCCGAAGUCCAAGACGUGACAGCAGAAGAAGCCCAGGCUCAGUAUGAUGUCUUGUAUCAGCAGAAGUUUCAAGAAUGGAAAGACCAAUACUACGCCGAGAAGUUCCCUGAGUGGGCAGGAAAAGAGGAAGCCGAGCUGAAAAAACUCACCGAGAACUACGUGCAGGGGCUGCAAUGGGUAUUGUUUUACUACUACCGUGGUAUCUGCUCAUGGCCUUGGUUCUACAAAUAUCAUUACUCUCCUUUGAUUUCGGACGUCAUCAAAGGGCUGGGUGCCGAUCUUGACUUCAAGCUGGGCCAGCCUUUCCGGCCGUUUGAGCAGUUGAUGGGUGUGCUUCCAGACCGAAGCAAGAAGAUCGUCCCUACCGUCUACUGGGAUCUCAUGACGAACCCCGACUCGCCUAUUGUUGACUUCUACCCCAGAGAUUUCGAGCUGGAUAUGAAUGGCAAGAAGCAGGACUGGGAGGCUGUGAUUAAGAUCCCUUUCAUCGACGAGAAGCGUCUCCUCGAUGCCAUGGCCACCAAGAACGAUUUGCUGUCCGAUGAUGAGAAGGGCAGGAACGGCUUCAACGUUCCCAUCAAGUUCACAUACUCUGCGGAUUAUGACUUCACCUAUCCAUCGUCCAUGGUGGGCAUAUUCCCUGACAUCCCUCAUUGUCAUUGUGUGGAGAACAUAUUCGACCUUCCCCCAACGGAUGGUCUGAGCUACCGGCAAGGAUUGAUGGAUGGCGCCAUGCUUAACGUCUCGGCUCUGGCCGGUUUCCCAAGUCUGGCAACCCUUCCCUACACUGCGACUCUGGGCUUCCACGGGGUCAAUGUCUUCCAACAGGAUAGUCGAAAUGAGAGCAUGGUCGUCACGCUAUCCGACUCAGCGAUGCGGACCAAGGUCGAGAACGCCAAGAAGAAACUUGGCCAACGGUGUUACGUUGGGUAUCCAUUUCUUCAAGAAGCGAAGAUCGUACGUGUCUCUGACGAGCUGUUUGACUUCACACUUGCAGAGAACGGAUCUGGAGAAGUCGUUGUGAAGGAUCACUCCAACAGGGAGAUCGAUGACUGGCUGAAGAACUCAAGAUACUGGGAGGACUUCUACAGCAAGCGCUUGGGCAUCUUGAUUGGUGAUGUGGAGUCCAUGGUCCAUGUCGAAAUGCUCAGGGGUCUGAUCAAGACCGACGAAGGCGCUACUAUCAAGGAAUUCGGUGAAAUACCAGGCAUGCGAGACUUCUACGCAUCGCAGACCAUCGUUGAUGACGUGGUCAACGAGGACGAGCGUUUCACGGAAAGAGCGGCACUGCCUCUCGAGGAGGAAUUCCCUGUGGACUCCCACGCCUUUUACCUGGGUGACAUGGCGUAUGGUCGACCUCUCGCAGUUACUGGCUACAGCGACAAGAAGCUGGAUGUUAUUAUCUCCAAGAUGAAGAACAAGGAGCCAGAGUUUGCAAGGCAAAUCAUCCAAAAGAGCGAGCGUGAGAACAGAUACAUGCCGUCUUUCCAGGUCGCCAAGGACCUGCAUCUUCACCCUUUGGCCUUCAGCAAGAUCACAUCUUCCUACCAAGUCUUCAGCGUAGGAGAUCUCAAAGUCAAUCUGGGCCUGAACUUGAAGUUUGAGUCAAAGAAGUUGAAGGUACUGGGCUUUACACGCAAGUCUGAGACAGGCUGGGAGUUCAGUCGUGCGGCGAUCAAAUUAGUACUGGACUACAUGACAAAGUUCCCAGACUUCUUUGCGGGGCUGAUCAAGAAUGUCCAGAGCAGGGAUGUCAAAGCAACUGACAUCUGGUCCGACGAGGCCACAGCGACAGCAAGAGUCAAAGAGAUUGGUCAGUGGCUCAAGUCCGUUGGCACGAACAACUUUGCCAAGGUGCCACUGGACGCUGAACAGCUCGACUCGACCGUCGUGAUGGAGCUGGCUAAAGCAUCUGAUAUGGCUUUGCAAGCUUCUCAGGACACUACACCGCAGGCCGUCAAGGGAGUGCCGCGUAGCGCCCUCUUGAAGCCUGGAGACGCGGAGACCCGACUCGGGAACCAACGUUUCCGCUUGGGAGAUCGAGUCGUUUACGCGCAGGAUAUCGGCAAGGUUCCUAUCGCCUCACGAGGGACUGUUGUUGGCAUUAGCAGGGUGGGCAGCAAAAACAUCCUUGAUGUCCUCUUCGAUAUCACCUUCAUGAGUGGAAACACUCUGGAUGACAGGUGCCCCGUGUUUAGAGGCCAGACAGUCCCAGCCUCAUCUGUCCUCAACUUGACCGAUAAGCAGGUCGUCAUUGGCUCCAAGGCUGCCCUGGCGCGUGCCCCUCACCCGUCACUUACCACGCUCGUGGCGAGUGGUGGCUAUGGUGCACCGGGCGGCAGACAGUUCCGCGAAUCUGCUCCACCUCCACCACUGACUGGUUCAUGGCGCGGUGCAAUCAAUGGUACUAACGGUCACAGUCGUGGUCGUGGAGGCCACAAUGGCCAGCCGGCUCAGCGGGGGACCCUCAACAUCCAGCCCAGCAAUCUGGUUUACCGCCCGUCGCCGAAUCAGACACCACAACAGGACCACCAACGCGGCGGCCGUGGAGGCUUCCAGAACGGCUCCGCUAGAGGCGGACGUGGUGGUGCUCAUCGUGGACGGGGCGGUGGUGCAGCGAACGGUGACGGUCAGCAGGCGCAACAGCCAUCCUAUAACGCUUAUCCACCACCCCCAGGCCUCGAUGGCAGAGGCCGAGGCCGUGGUAGGGGAGGCCGAGGCCGUGGGUCGUCGGGUUCGCGUGGUAGUAGGGGUGGCGGCCGGCCGCAGCAGUCACAAGCUGCUGCUCAGAGCUAG